AUGGCGCGAACGGAACUAUUCCCGAUGUCUCGUCUGCAAACAGAGGCACUAAACAGAAAAAUCACCUUCAUUAUCCAACGAAGGCGACUACCACGACGACGACAUUAUAACAAUAAAACGAAACAAGUCAACGAAACUGGAAUUUUCUUUACUUCUUCUUCGUCGUUAGUUUUUGUUUCCUCUUUUUCUUCCGCUCUUUCCACAGCAGUUUUCUUUCUUUCUUGUUUCUCCUCUUUCUUCACGAUUGCAAACUUCUUUCCUUUUCUUCUUAACUUACUGACUGUCCCUUUCUUUUCCUCUUUUCCUUUCUUUUUCUUUCUCUACCUCUUUGUCCUUCCUUUUGCUUUGUUCUUUUUCCUUCUUUUCCUCUUUUUCCUUCUUUUCCUCUUUUUCCUUCUUUUCCUCUUUUUCCUUCUUUUCCUCUUUUUCUUUCUUUUCCUCUUUUUCUUUCUUUUCCUCUUUUUCUUUCUUUUCCUCUUUUUCUUUCUUUUUCUUUGUUUUUUAUUUUCCUCUUUUUCUUUCUUUUCCUCUACUUAUUCUUUCUAUUUGUCUUUCAUUCUUUUUCUUAACCAUCUACUGUUCUCUUUCAUUUCCCAUUUCUUCCAACUUAUUCUUUUCUCUCACUAUUUUUUUGUUUCACCUUUCUUUCUUUCUCUCUUUCUUUCUCUCUUUCUUUCUUUCUCUCUCUUUCUUUCUUUCUCUCUUUUUCUUUCUUUUUCUCUUUUUCUUUCUCUCUUUCUUUCUCUCUCUCUUUCUCUUUUUCUUUCUUUCUUUCUCUCUCUCUUUCUCUCUUUCUCUCUUUCUUUCUUUCUCUCUUUUUCUUUUUUUCUUUCUUUCUCUCUUUCUUUCUCUCUCUCUCUUUCUUUCUUUCACAUUUGCCCCUUUCUGUUUCUUCUCUUUUUGUACCUUCAUCAGAAUUUGUUUCUCUUUGUUGUUGUUGUUCUUCUUCUUCUUCAAGGUUGUUUGCUCCUGUUUCCCCCUCUUUUCUUUCUUUCUCUCUUACUUCUCUUUAUUCUUCUUGUUCUCAGGCUGUCUUCCUUUGUUUCCUUUUCUUUUUCUUCCCCACAAUCUCUUUCUUUCUUCUUCUUCUUCGCGGUUAAUAACUUCUUUUUCCUCUUCUUAUGCUCUACUUCUCCACAUUCUCUUUAUUUCUCUCUCUAUUCUUCACAGUCGCUGGCUUCUUUUUUUCUUUUUUUUUUUGUUUCUUUUCUUCUUCUUUAUUUUUUUUCUAUUCUCUUUUACUUCUUCAUCGCAGUCAUUAUUUUUCUAUCUAACACACAAACCCCACUACAUUUAUCUUUUUCGACCAUCGCUCAUCGUUCUUCUUUUUCUGCGGGAAUCUUUCAUCCACCUCCUUUCUCUAAACUUCGCAUCACUCACUCGCUGUCGACUUAA